AUGCCGCCGCUGAAUCUCGUUGAAGUCGACUCCCUAGAGGCACAUGUCCUCAUUGACAAUGAGCUGGACCCCAUGUCAACUAUCGCCCCAGACACCGUCCAGGUGUCCGGUCUGAUGGGCCAUCUGGCUAUGGGUUCGCCCCAUAAUCUAGAUGACAGAGGAGACGCGCAUAAGGAACUCAGAAUGGAAGACCUCUGCUGUUCAGCACAUGGUCUAUCGAUUCUUUUGACCGCAACAAAAGGAGACAAGAAGCAUUCAAUUCUUUUUGAUGCGGGCCCAGAAGAAGACGCAUGGGAGAGGAACGUCCGACGGAUGCGACCGGAUCUUUCCUCGGUGGAUCUGGUUCAGCUAUCCCACUGGCAUCGCGACCAUUCAGGCGGUCUCCUCCGGGCGGUUCGCAUGAUCAAUGAUGCCAAAGAAGCCAACGGGCUUCCUAAAGACUUGAUAGUUGAUGUCCACUCCAGCCGCCCUGACUUCCGCGGGUUCGCAAUCGGCGAGAAUAUAAUCUCCCUCCAGGCGGAUCCCUCUUUCGAAGAACUCGAAGCUGCCGGCGCAACCGUCAAGAAGCAAGAUGACGCCCAUACUGUGCUUGAUGAUUUCUUUCUCAUAUCUGGCGAGAUACCUCGACGGACGCCUUAUGAAACAGGAUUGAAAUACGGGAUGCGUUUCAACAAGAAUGAUAAUGAAUGGACUUCUGACGAGGUUAUUGCCGACGAACGAUUCAUCAUGUGCAAUAUCAAAGACAAAGGAAUCGUCAUGCUUACUGGCUGCAGCCACGCCGGAGUCGUCAACUGCACACAGCAUGCGCUCGAGCUGGUGGGGGGGCGUGUCCCUCUACAUGCUGUGGUUGGGGGUUUCCACCUGGCGACGAGCGAUGCAACUCAGAUAGAAAGCAGCAUCAGAGACUUGCUGAAAUUGGACCCCGCUGUACUUCUCCCAGGGCACUGCACCGGCUGGAGGGCUAAAUUUGCUAUCGAGAAACGGCAACCUGGGUUGUUAGUCCCAUGCUCCGUAGGUUACAAAAUCGCAUUUUAG